GGAGGAGAGGGAGGAGGAGAGAAUCACAGCAUGCGUGUGGUGGGUGUGAAUGUGAGCCGCAGAGUAUUGGGGAAACAGGCUGGGGUGGCAUGGACGCAGGGCUGCUAGAGAGAGAAAGGCAGAUUUCUGAAGACCUGUAGCCUGUUCAUCCUCUGCACAGACAGCUCUGUGAUGUCCAUGACACCCUAAAAGUCCACUGCUCUGCUCUGAUGCUACCAGUGGCAUCAUGAUACCAGCACAAAGCUCAUGUCUGAUUCUGCUAGCCUCCUGCUGUCUGCUCUGCUCCACGCUAGCUCCCCCCAAGCUAUCUUCAUAUGCCAAAACUGAGGACAAACUGUUCAAGCAUCUAUUCAGCAACUACCAGAAAUGGGUGAGACCGGUAGAAGACCUGAAUGGGACAGUGAGGGUUAAAUUUGGACUGGCCAUCUCUCAGCUAGUAGAUGUGGAUGAGAAGAACCAAUUGAUGACCACCAAUGUCUGGAUGAAGCAGGAAUGGGUUGACAUGAAGCUGCGAUGGGACCCUGCCCACUACCUGGGUAUCACAUCUAUCAGAGUGCCCUCUGACUCCAUCUGGAUCCCUGACAUUGUGCUCUAUGACAAUGCAGAUGGCCAUUUCGAGGCCACUGUUACUAAAGCAGUGGUGAAGUAUGAUGGCACCAUCUCCUGGACGCCACCAGCUAACUACAAAUCUGCCUGCACUAUAGAUGUGACCUUCUUCCCCUUUGAUCUUCAGAAUUGCUCCAUGAAGUUUGGCUCCUGGACCUAUGAUGGCUCACAGGUGGACAUUCUCCUGGAGGACGUCCAUGUGGAUAAGCGAGACUACUUCGAUAAUGGUGAGUGGGAGAUCGUGACAGCUACAGGCAGCCGGGGUUUGAGGAUGGACAGCACCUGCUCCUAUCCCUUCAUCACUUACUCCUUCAUCAUCCGACGUCUCCCUCUCUUUUAUACACUGUUCCUCAUCGUUCCCUGCAUUGGCCUGUCCUUUCUGACUGUGUUGGUCUUCUAUCUGCCUUCUAACUGUGGAGAAAAGAUUUCUCUUUGUACAUCUGUUCUCGUCUCUCUCACUGUCUUUCUCCUGGUGAUAGAGGAGAUCAUCCCAUCUUCUUCUAAGGUGAUCCCGCUCAUUGGCGAGUAUUUGGUCUUCACCAUGAUCUUCGUCACACUCUCCAUUGUCAUCACAGUCUUUGCCAUCAACAUUCACCACCGCUCCUCGUCCACGCAUCAUGGCAUGGCACCCUGGGUCCGUAGAAUCUUCCUGCACAGGCUGCCUAAGCUGCUCUGCAUGCGCAGUCACGUCGACCGCUAUGCUACCACUGGAGGGAGCCAGAGAGGAGCGCAGACUGAAGGAACAGGAGGCUAUGGGAAGGGUUUCCCUCAAGAGACCACCCCUCUGCUCAACUCAAGAUACAACCUGCAAGCAGCACUAGACUCCAUUCGCUACAUCACUCUCCAUGUGGUCAAGGAGAAUGAAGUCAGAGAGGUUGUUCAGGACUGGAAGUUUGUGGCUCAAGUGUUAGACCGCGUGUUCCUGUGGGCCUUCCUGUUGGUAUCUGUUCUCGGUUCUGCUCUUCUCUUCAUUCCUGUCAUUUACAAAUGGGCCAACAUCAUUGUUCCAAACUAUGCUGGCAGCAGCAGCUAAACCAGCGAAGUCUCUCGCAGCACAGUAGACAGAUCUGCACAAAGCAUGAGGAAAAAGCACAGUGACUUCAUUAUUGUACAACCAGGACAUUUUCUAACAUUUUCUGUCUUCAGUCUAAGAAGAAUGUAAUGAACAUGCUAUUUGAAAUGACCACCGACUGACCAAAAGAUUUGAAUAAAAGUUCAUAUCUGAUCUGUUAACAUUGAUGUGUUUUAAAUGAAGAGUUAAGGUGUUUCUUUACACUGCAAUGCUUUACAAAUGUGCAGGCAUUUGUUUCUAUAACAUGAUAUAUGGUUGAUUCAUAUCAUACUGCUCAGUUAAUAAAGUGAUAGUGAAAAGAAUAAGAACGAUCAGAGAAAAGAAUAUAUUCAAAUCUGCUUUGCAAAAGGCAGUGCUUAAUAUAUUCAGCGCUGAAAUGAAAUCCUAUUAAAAGUAUGAAUGACUUUUUAAUGUAUUCAUGUUCUUGUAUUUUUCUCAGCUUCAUACAUACUUGAAAAUAAUUAAAGGAGUGAUCUU